CGCACGUCCUCAUUUACUGGUUUACUGUCAGAGUGUAUGAGAGGGCGAAGACACACACUCCUCGGCUUUGCUUACCAGGAGAGAGCAGUCGUAGGUCAAGGCUGGCUCCAACCCUGCCCUCACACCUCUAGGGGUCUCUCUCCAGCCCCGUUGUCGUCCUUUUGCCUACUCCUCUCGGUGGCCUCCAGACCCUUCAACUUUCCUCCUGCUUGUGUUAGCUCCCCAUGCCAGGAUGUGUGUGAUGGGGCGGGGCUGAGGUGCCUGACACUCAAGUCAGGCUGGGAAUGAUCUUGGUCUCCACCUCAUUUUUCCCUUUAGUUGGAUCAGAGUUCCCCCCCACCUCCCAGUCUACAGGGCUAGCUGAGAAGCAGCUUUUAUACCUCUCUCCAUUCCAAAAGGAGCUUGAACAUUUAAUUUGGAUUCUAGCUCCUCCACUCACCAGCUCUGUGACCUCAGGCAAGUUACUCAACCUCUCUGAACUUCAGCUGGCCCAAUCUAUUCAGUGCUAGUACUAGCUUAUGGGUGGUUGUGAGGAAAAGACGAGAGAUCUGCAGAUAGUGGCUGGCCCCAUAUGAGAUCCUGGGAGUGGAGAAUUGCAGGAGAGGUGUUGGGAGUCUGGAGGCAGGGAGGUACUCAAUUUGGUGGCUGCUUUCAGGGGCCCACCUCAGCAGGCCAAGGCAUAGUUGGAGGGACACCAGAUGCUCUGAGCUGGUAUCAGAUCCCUGUUUGCUGCUGGGCAAAGGCAGACGAGCAAAACACGAAGGCUGGCCAGCUGAAUGUUAGGAUAUGGGCAGGAGGAGAGGGCUGCCCGUGGUGGAGUUGAAUUGUGCCCAAGACUGGAAUGGGAACUCCUGAGAACAGAGAGAGCAGGGGUGUAGCUGGGGGAUAGGGAAGAAAUAAAUACUUCUUCUCUAAGCCCAAGCCAGUUUUACCCAGGAAAACAGGAGCUAUUCUCCCCACCCCAGGCCUCCAUCUGCUUUGAAGUUGCACCUGCCCUUUACUUCCAGGAAUCUUGCCUGUGGGGUGGAGUACAGGGUAUGCGGGUAUGAGGAGCCCGUGGACAAGGCCCAUUGCCUGAGCCUGAACUAGGAGCACCUCCUAGGGACUGCCCAGGCUCGCUCUGCUCUGACCCUUCCACUGGCCAGUCUGGGCACCUGCAGGCCCCUGAGGGAGGGAGCUGUCAGCCAGGCAAAACCGAGAACAUCAUCGCCAUGACAACCAGUCACCAGCCUCAGGACAGAUACAAAGCUGUCUGGCUUAUCUUCUUCAUGCUGGGUCUGGGAACGCUGCUCCCAUGGAAUUUUUUCAUGACGGCCACUCAGUAUUUCACAAACCGCCUGGACAUGUCCCAGAAUGUGUCCUUGGUCACUGCUGAACUGAGCAAGGACGCCCAGGCGUCAGCCGCCCCUGCAGCACCCUUGCCUGAGCGGAACUCUCUCAGUGUCAUCUUCAACAAUGUCAUGACCCUAUGUGCCAUGCUGCCCCUGCUGUUAUUCACCUACCUCAACUCCUUCCUGCAUCAGAGGAUCCCUCAGUCCAUACGGAUCCUGGGCAGCCUGGUGGCCAUCCUGCUGGUGUUUCUGAUCACUGCCAUCCUGGUGAAGGUGCAGCUGGAUGCUCUGCCCUUCUUUGUCAUCACCAUGAUCAAGAUCGUACUCAUUAACUCGUUUGGUGCCAUCCUGCAGGGCAGCCUGUUUGGUCUGGCUGGCCUCCUGCCUGCCAGCUACACGGCCCCCAUCAUGAGUGGCCAGGGCCUAGCAGGCUUCUUUGCCUCCGUGGCCAUGAUCUGCGCUAUUGCCAGUGGCUCGGAGCUAUCAGAAAGUGCCUUUGGCUACUUUAUCACAGCCUGUGCUGUUAUCAUUUUGACCAUCAUCUGUUACCUGGGCCUGCCCCGCCUGGAAUUCUACCGCUACUACCAGCAGCUCAAGCUCGAAGGACCCGGGGAGCAGGAGACCAAGUUGGACCUCAUUAGCAAAGGAGAGGAGCCAAGAGCAGGCAAAGAGGAGUCUGGAGUUUCAGUUUCCAACUCUCAGCCCACCAACGAAAGCCACUCUAUCAAAGCCAUCCUGAAAAAUAUCUCAGUCCUGGCUUUCUCUGUCUGCUUCAUCUUCACUAUCACCAUUGGGAUGUUUCCAGCCGUGACUGUUGAGGUCAAGUCCAGCAUUGCAGGCAGCAGCACCUGGGAACGUUACUUCAUUCCUGUGUCCUGUUUCUUGACUUUCAAUAUCUUUGACUGGUUGGGCCGGAGCCUCACAGCUGUAUUCAUGUGGCCCGGGAAGGACAGCCGCUGGCUGCCAAGCCUGGUGCUGGCCCGGCUGGUGUUUGUGCCGCUGCUGCUGCUGUGCAACAUCAAGCCCCGCCACUACCUGACUGUGGUCUUCGAGCACGAUGCCUGGUUCAUCUUCUUCAUGGCCGCCUUUGCCUUCUCCAACGGCUACCUCGCCAGCCUCUGCAUGUGCUUCGGGCCCAAGAAAGUGAAGCCGGCUGAGGCGGAGACCGCAGGAGCCAUCAUGGCCUUCUUCCUGUGUCUGGGUCUGGCACUGGGGGCUGUUUUCUCCUUCCUGUUCCGGGCGAUUGUGUGACAAAGGAUGGAUGGACAGAAGGACUGCCUGCCUCCCUCCCUGUCUGCCUUCUGCCCUUCCUUCUGCCAGGCGUGAGCCUCACUGGUCUGGAGGUUUUUCUUCUAACUGACUUCUGCUUUUCACGGCGUGUGCUGGGCCCAGAUCUCCAGGCCCUGGAGAGGGAGCCUUUGGACAGACAGUGGGGACAUUGUGGGCUUGGGGCUCAGAGUGGAGGGACGGGGUGUAGCCUCGGCAUCUGCUUGAGUUUCUCCACUCUUGGCUCUGACUGAUCCCUGCUCGUGCAGGCCAGCGGAGGCUCUUGGGCUUGGAGAACACGUGUGUCUCUGUGUGUGUGUCUGUGUGUCUGUGUCAGUGUCUGCCAGACUGUCCGCCUGUCCCGGGGUGGCUAGGAGCUGGGUCUGACCGUUGUAUGGUUUGACCUGAUAUACCCCCUCCUUCCGUUCUCCUCUGCGCCGCCUCCUCUGUGUUCUCUCCAUGUCCCCCUCCCAGCUCCCCAUGCCCAGUUCCUACCCAUCAUGUACCCUGUACAGUUGCCACGUUACUGCCUUUUUAAAAAAUAUAUUUGACAGAAACCAGGUGCCUUCAGAGGCUCUCUGAUUCAAAUAAAGCUUUCUUGUUUUUUUCUCCUUG